AGAGCAACACUCUGAGCUACGCCUCGCGUUGGCCUAGUUUUUUCACCAACGCCGCAUCACGCUCAAUAGAAUCAUGGCGACGAAUCCUCCUCCGAACGACAACUCCGGGUGCAGCGGAAUGCAGCAGCGCCGACGAUCGACUCGGAAUCGCACCCGUCCCGUUCUCUUCGGCAACACGGACAGCAGCAGUCCCCAGCGCGACACAACCCCCACCAACGGAAGCAACAACGCCUCCCUGGUAUCUCCCGACCCGGUCGGCUCCUCUCCGGGCACCAAAUCGGCUCGGAACCCUCGCGGCCGAACCACCGGCCGACGAGGCCACGUCCGCGAGGCAUCCCCCGUCCCGGACGCGCACGCAUCGAAGGCGGACACCGUUCUUCCGGACCGUCCGGUGUCCUCGACAAGGGUGUCGUCCUUCGUUGCGCCCGACGCCGUAACGUCCCUGGCCGAGGCGACAAUCUUGGCCAAGGCAGCGGCCGCGGCCCUCCUCGCCGAAUGCGGCUCGAACAAGAGAAAGAGGGUGGCGCCGAGGGUGGUGCGUCCGACGACCGAGGAAUGCGAGUUCGCCGUCUCGGAGCUCGGAAAGCUCCACCCCGACGUGAUCGAGAAAUGCCUCGAAAUCCGCAGACGCACCACGGUCACCACCAACGUUGCGAGCGACUGCGAGAUCGACAAGGACAUUCGCGAGCCGAAGCGAGAGGGUUCGGGCAGCAGGAGCAGCAGCAGCGACGACAACAACAACAAUGACGACGAUGCCGCAUUGCAGCCGUCGGCCUGCGGACACCAACCGAGCAUUAUGGACGGCGUGGUGUCCACCAUGUUGUCGCAAAACACGACGGCCUCCAACAGCACCCGCGCCUUUGGGAACCUCAAGAAGGCCGUCCCGGACUGGAACGCGGUGGCGGACGACUUUGGGGAAUACCAAGGCGUCAUCGAGCGAGCGAUUCACUGCGGCGGCCUGGCCCAGAGAAAGGCCGCCAACAUCAUCGCCAUGUGCCGAACCCUCCACGAGGAGAAGGGAGCCGUCUCGCUGGAAUACCUCCGGGACGAGUCGAACGAGUCGAUCCAGAACGACCUCCUCCGCUUCAAGGGCCUCGGUCCCAAGACCAUCUCGUGCGUCCUCCUCUUCACCCUCGGUCGGGCCGACUUUCCCGUCGACACGCACGUCUUUCGGAUCACGAAGCAGCACGGGUGGCUGCCGAGGGAAGCAAACAACCGGGAGCGCGCCUACGACUACCUCAACGGGGUCGUUCCGGACCACCUCAAGCUCGAGCUGCACUGCUUGCUGGUCCAGCACGGCCGGGAGUGCCACCGGUGUGCGGCCCGGGGCAAGCCCCAGUUCCCCCCAAGGGACGGCACCAAGAUGGAAUGUCCCCUGGUGCACCUGGACGCAAUCGCAAAAGCAGCCGCCGCCAGAACCGCCGUGGGGGGUGGCAGCAAGGCCGCAGCCAAAGCCGCCAGGGUCAAGACGGAAAGCUGAGGCAGCCGCAAACACGGGAAACGAAUGCGGGAGUUGAAUCGGUGAUUCAACAAGGGUAC